AGCUCCACUCUCGACUUUCUCGGUGGGGAGACUAGACGUGCAUCUGCUCUACUUUGCUGCGUAUUCCAAGCAGAGCAGGCUGCAUUUACGUGCGGACCAGGUUAGGUAUGCAUUAGGCAUAGGUCGACCUUGCGUUUUCUCGACAUCGACAUCGAAGUUGUUUAGGCCCGGGACCUUUCCUUCUCUGUCUCUCUUUUUUUUUCCACCACUCCGCCUUUGCGGCGGUUACGCUAUUAGGCGCCCACUCACUCGCUCAGAAAUUACAUUUCAUCAAAACAACUCACCCCGCGCGGUUCUUUGAAGACUUUCGUUCAAGCACACAACACACAUACGAGGCUGGCAUAUUCCCCCCCAGCCACACAUUUCGGAUUAAAACUCGACUGUGGGUGGGACAACCAAGGAACCACCAACCAAUAGACCUGGACCAAAGAUGAGUGAAUAUUAUCACCAUCUUCUCUCGUCCAUGUCAGGUGCUGGACAAAUCAGCAGUCCGCAGGAUGCCCCACAGCAAGCAACAUCGGCGACCAGCGUAGGAGGCGGAACUGGCAUCGCCGGCUCAUACCAAAACCUUGGCUAUUUCACAGGGUUUCCGGAGCCUAUAAUGGUCAACAGUGUCCCCAAGGCUUCGAGAAGUCGUCGAAAAUCAGCACACGGUGUAGAUCACGUCAAGCAUCGUCGCACAAGAUCUGGGUGCUACACUUGCAGGAGUAGGCGAGUAAAGUGCGACGAGACACAUCCAAUCUGUGAUAGGUGCCGAAAAGGAAAACGAGAAUGUAGCUACCCGACCGAUUCGACAACGACUCAGUCGUCCACAUCAGCGACCAAGGAUGCAUCAGGUACUAGCCAGCUUAAUAGUCCUGCCUCAUCCCACGACGAUCGCGAAGACUUUGACGAUGACAAUGACCAUGAGUUCAAACUGGAUACGAUAAUAGACGAGGAGGAACCGAAUGAAUCAACUCCCUCAGCCCAGUCCAAGUCAAGAUCUUCAGCUCGACGAGCAAGUGCCGCCUCGAAACUGCACAGGAUAAUAACAUCAUCAGGUGGUCGGCAAGGGUCAGAAACACCAUCCCUCGAAGGCACCAAAGCCUCUUCACCAGCCACGUCCACAGGCACAGCCAGCGUGACCCCGGCAGCAUAUGAUCUUCCUGAGCUGACCGGCCUUGGGAGCAGUGAGCGGCCGGAAUGGGCACAUCUACCCCAAGAUGUGCGCUUUUACCUCGGCUACUUUUGUGAGCAUCUGACCAACUACCACUACGGCAUACUCACGGACGCCCAUGACUUUUUCCGAACCAUACUUCCCGCGCUUGCGCUCGAGAACGAAGCCCUUCUAUACGCCCUCGUGGGGUUUGCUGCCUACCACUGUACUCUCCGAAACCCUCGCGGGAAGAUGCAUCAGUUUCUCCAGUACUACAACAAGAGCGUCACAAUUCUACUCGGCUUUCUCAAACGCAAAGAAGAUCACAGUCCAGCAACCCUACUGACGAUUCUGCAACUGGCAACAAUAGAGGAAUAUCUUGGUGAUUGGAUCAACCUAAUGGGACACCAACGAGCAGCAUACGAGGUUCUCACCAAGCUAUACACGCCCCAGUCGAUAAUAGCUACCCCAACUGGUCGGACAAUCUUGUCAUGGUAUAACAGAUACGACGUGUUUGUUGGUUUGAUGGGAGGCUUCGCAGCGGCUCUACCAGAAGAUUGGUUUACGUCCCUGGUAUCCUAUUACCAGUCGAUGUCACUACAGGAUCCCGCGAACCCGGUUUGGAAAAUCGAGGAGUGCUCGGCGCGUCUGCGUCUUCUGUCAAGAGAAGUGUCACUUCUGGUGGGAAAGCAAUCUGCGACACCGGACCAAAGCUACUUGGACCAACAUGCCAGUAUAUCUCAACGGCUUGGGGCCUGGAGGGAUGGGUGGGACCCUGCGCUCUCUGACCCAGCUUACCUGGUGCAAGACCUCGGCGAACGGACAGCCGAGAGGCCCGACAGCAUCGUCGAUGUUUUGGUGCCAGGGAGCUUAUACCAGGGACCACUAUUCCCUGUGACCCUACUCUCGUGCGAGUGGCAUACUGUAGUCAUCCUUCACGAAUGCCAAAGGGCCGAUAUACCGACACAAGACGACGGAACCGAAGAACUUCAGGCUCGGCUUUCCGAGCAAGCGUUUGCCAUCUGCCGCAUCGUGGAGUCGAUCGAGCUAUGGCCUUCCAGUCCUCGGGGCAGCCUGAUAUUAACACAAGCCUGCUUGGCCCUUGCGGCGCUAUUCUUGCCACACGACGCAAAGCACCAAAUAUGGAUUCGCCGCAAGUUUGCCUUGCUCGAAGCAUUAGGAUGCAUAUUCCCCCUAGGUAUGCGGAACAUGAUGGCCGAGCUUUUUGAAGAUGCCAGUUGUGUCAGGUGGUGGCUUCCCAACAAUGAAGCAUUCAGCCCUGUACUGCGUGCCGUUCGCGCCUUUGCCGACGAGCGAAACGCAACAGCGGUCUCGGCGCAGUCCGAGAGCGCCCCCGACGUGAGGCACAUAUUCUCGAAGCUCCAUCUUAGCGGGCUGACCAGGAGAGGUCCUUCCACGACCCUUGCCGAGACCCAUUCCCCAACAACAAGCGAAAAGAGGAGUAAGGGCAAAGGAAAGGCUUGAUCUUGUGCUUGAUUUGAAAAGUUCCUUUGCAGGAGGAGCUCGCUGGGAGAUGUAAGAAGAAGAAGAAAAAAAUAGUCAACAGAAUUGUGACUCUAGCCUUAUAAGCAGCCUGCAACUGCAUUAGGUUGGCAUCGCAACACGCCAAGCGAUACCCUGAACGACACAGCUGAACUUCAGCACCAUGUUCACCAAAAGAUUCUUGUAAUCAUUAUGCAACUUGUUGCUUUCUUGUCACAAAUCUUUUUUUUUUCUUUUUUCUCUUCUCCCACUUGUAAUAUAAUACAUAAUUCUUUUCUGCCCACUGCCCCUUGCCCACUGCGAUACCCGACCCGCAGUUUUUGUCGAACGCUUUCCGACAUCCGAGAAAGACAAAAGAAAAACCUUGCAAUUAUAGCCGAAAUGACACGGACUUGUAUCGAUCGCGCACAAGAGCCGACGCUGCGGCUCGCUUCUUGUAACCGAGGGGGUGUGGUGGAGUGGAGACAUGUAUUUUUUUUUUUUUAAUGGUGCAGUAAAAAAGAGCUUGUUGCAGCUUCCAAGGGGAAGGAAAGGGAGGGAAAUGAAUAAAGAACACAUCAGAUGAUA